UUUUCGCUAUUUUAUAUAAUACGAUUAAUAUCUGAAUAGAGUUAAAUCUUACAUUUAAAAUGUUCUGGCAUUUAUUUUUAACUGUAUCCGUUUUAUUCCUGCACGGUUUGUGUUGUAAUGAGGACUCGGCAGCGAUUCAUUCUCAUCUAAGUAUCGCUUCAUUUAACAUUCAGAAUUUCGGAGAUAAAAAAUUCUGUAAGAAGGAUGUUGUUAAUGUUAUUAAAAAGAUUAUUACACGUUACGAUUUAAUUUGUUUGCAAGAGAUUGUUGCACAGAAAAGGGCCUUUUUAUAUAAUUUAUUGAAUGAUAUUAAUCGAAUUUCAUCAAAGGGACAAUAUGCAAUGGUAAUAAGUGCAUCUCUCGGAAGAAACUCAACCAGUAAAGAGAAUUAUGUAUAUUUUUAUAGAACGAAUCGACUGACAGUUGCUGAAGUACAAGUCUAUCCAGAUCCAAACAAACUCUUCUUUCGUCCUCCUUACAUAGCAUAUUUGCAUUCGCCGACAACGAGAUCUUUGUCCUCAUUUAUCGCAAUUUGCGUCCACAUAAAACCCAACAAAUCGGCUAAUGAAACCAGUGCGUUAGCGGACGUAUACGAUUAUGCCAAGAAAUUAUAUCGUAAUGAGAAUAGUGUUAUUAUGGGAGAUAUGAAUGCCGCUUGUAAAAAUCUACGCGUGAGCGAAUGGUCGAAUAUAUCUUUGUGGACACGACCAGAAUUUUUUUGGUUAAUUAACAACAGUGUCGAUACGUCUACGUACACAUCUAGUUGCGCCCACGACAGCAGAAUUAUAAUAACUGGAGACGAAAUGAAGCAAGAUACUAUAUAUAACUCUGUUAAAGCGUUAGAUUUUCAAGCUGAAUUUAAUGUGACAGAACAACUGACUAGACAAGUAUCGGAUCAUUUCCCUGUAGAAUUCCAGUUAAGAGGAAAAGUUCCUAGCGUUUUCGUUGAUAAUAUUCUCACGGAUAUCUGCAUUAGUGUUUAUGAUAAAAGACCGAGCAAACGUCUGUUUCAAAUGAUUGAUAAUAACAAUAUUCGUAGGUUGAAUUUUAACGUGUACAAGGACUUUAAUGGAAGUAGAGCGAGAUUAACAACCAUUAAGAGAACGACAAACGUUCAAGAUUUAUUAUCUUCUCUGGAAGACUUCAACAAAAAGUCGAAUUACGUUUUAAGUCCCGAAACUAUUGAAACUAUUCGUUUUAAAGUAAAACAUGGAUCUCUGGUGGACUCUGGAAGUUACAGUUCUAUUGUCAAUGCAAAAUAUACUUUAAAUAUUGACUGUAAUUUGAUUACUGGAUUUUGUGUAGUUUAUAUCUGCAAGCAAACAUUUUUUAAUUAAUUUUUGUGUAAAU